AUGAAAGGCACCAAGUCCAUUGUCGAGUAUUUUCAGGGCUAUACCACCCGUUUUGAUCAGCUCGCUCAACUUGGCAAACCGGUUGAGCCUGAAGCCCAAGUGGAAUUCAUUCUUGAAUGUCUAUCCAACGACUACAAGCCUGUUGUGGAUCAGAUCGAGAGUCGUGACUCGGUUCCCUCUCUGCUGGAGCUUCAUGAGAAACUUCUCCAUUUUGAGACGAAACUUUCUGCUAAAGCCGCUGCUGCUCCGCUCCUACCUCCCACUGCGAAUGUGGCUUCUUACCGCGGUAACAACAACAAUAACAACCCUCGUCAUCAAGUGUCAGAUCGUGGUAUCCAUGGUCACAGUGCUCGACGUUGUUCUCAACUGCAACUCUCUGGUGCUUCCUAUAGUCCCAACCCAUUGUCGGGAUCUGUUCCAUGGCAACCACACGCUCACUUGGCCGCUGUUCAACCCUACAAUGCGGGCAACUGGAUCAUGGAGAGUGGAGCCACUCAUCAUCUCACCUCUUAUCUCAAUAAUCUCUCCUUACAUCAGCCGUACAAUGGUGGUGAGGACGUGACUAUCGCGGACGGUUCAGGGAUGCCAAUCUCUCACACUGGUUCUGCUUUACUUCCUACUCCUACUCGCUCUCUUGCCUUCAAUAAUGUUUUGUGUGUUCCUGAUGUCCACAAAAAUCUUAUAUAUGUGUACCGGUUGUGUAACUCUAAAUGGGUUUUGGUGAACUUUUUCCCUGCUCAUUUUCAGGUGACGGAUCUCAUAACGAGGGAGUGA